ACGUGUAGUAUAGAUUAAGGGGCAGCAGAAAGCCAGUAGCCAAGCCUUCCCUUCACCUCCCUCUUUCUCUCUCUAAAAUUCCCAUUUUCUCCCCCCCCUCACCUUCCUUCCAUUACAGGAACUAUUUUACGUUCUCAUAUUGGGAAACAACCAUCAGUUUCUCUGUUUUUUAGCCUUUUAAUUGGGUUUUUCUGCUUCUAAUUUCCAUCAUUUUUGGGUUUUUUUUUUCUGUUACACUUUGUUGAGAAAAUUUAGCUUUAGGUAUCUGAAAUUGAGAUAUUUCAGGAUCUGGGUAUGCGAAAAAUCAGUUGAUUUCGAUAUAUUUUUGACUAUUUUGAGUUGUUGACCUGGUGAUGAGAUGGGUCAAUUUUGGAAUAUUUUUUUGUUUUUCGGUUGAAUAAUCGGUAGUUAAACCUUGUGGGUUUUGUGUAUUCCUGUUUAAUUCGUUUGUUUUCAUUUGUUGGUUCAUUCAUUCAAUCUAAAUAUGAAAACAGAGUUGAAUAUGAAUAUGAAUAUGGGUAUGAAUAUAAACAUGGAAGGUGAAAGUUGGAACAAUGAAGAUAAAUCCAUUGUAGCUGGAGUUAUCGGAUCGAAAGCAUUUGAUUACUUAAUCUCCACCUCAGUAUCCAACGAAUGCUCUUUAACUUCAUUAGCAAACGACGAGAAUCUUCAGAACAAGCUCUCAGAUCUAGUCGAGGAACCGAAUUUCAUCAACUUUAGCUGGAAUUACGCCAUAUUUUGGCAAAUUUCGCAGUCGAAAACCGGGGAUUUGGUUCUUGGCUGGGGAGAUGGGUCUUGUAGAGAACCGAAAGACGGUGAAGAAUUCGAAAUCUCUCGGAUUCUUAAUAUGCGAAUGGAAGAUGAAACCCAACAAAGAAUUCGAAAACGAGUGCUUCAGAAGAUUCAUCUAUUGUUUGGUGGUGUAGAUGAAGAUAGUUAUGCUUUCGGAUUGGAUAAGGUUACAGAUACGGAAAUGUUUUUUUUGAUUUCUAUGUAUUUCUCGUUUCGGAAAGGUGAAGGUGGUCCGGGAAGUUGUUUUUCUUCAGGUAGGCAUGUUUGGAUCUCGAAUAAUUUGAAUUCCACAACCGAUUAUUGUUACAGAUCUUAUCUUGCUAAAUCGGCCGGCAUUCAGACGGUUGUUUUGGUUCCUACUGAUGUUGGUGUUGUUGAAGUUGGAUCUAUUCAAUCAAUACCGGAAAACCCUAAACUUGUGCAGUUAAUUAGAUCUUCAUUUUCGGUUAAUCCGGUAACUGUAAGUGUAACCCCUACGUUACCCGUACCUGUACCAGUACCGGUUCCGAUGGUUGUGAAACCGAAUAAUGUUAAUUCGGAUAAGCCGGUUAGGGUUUCGAAAAUUUUCGGGCAAGAUCUGAGUUCGAAUUUGAACCAGUUGAGCCAGUUGGGCCAGUCGCAGUUUCGGGAGAAACUUGCGGUGCGAAAACCGGACGAGCCAAGGCUUCCGUUUUCGAAUUGGUCUCAGUUUAAUGCGGUUCAAAAGCAGAUUGAUUUCACCGGGAUUACGUCGCGGCAGGUGAGUGUGGAGUCGAAGGGUUCGGAAGAGUCGCUCCCUGGGAACGAAAGGAAAUCGUUAACGGAUAUCUUGGAUGAGAAACGGCCUCGAAAACGUGGGAGGAAACCUGCGAAUGGAAGAGAAGAGCCGUUGAAUCAUGUCGAAGCGGAGAGACAAAGACGGGAGAAGCUGAACCAGAGGUUUUACGCGUUGCGAUCGGUGGUCCCUAAUAUAUCGAAGAUGGAUAAAGCGUCGUUGUUGGGAGAUGCGAUAACGUACAUAACCGAUCUUCAGAAGAAGCUGAAGGAGAUGGAGUCGGAGCGACGGUCACCAAGCAACCCGACUUCGUCGAAUUUGGAGAAAGUUGAAGUUCAUGCCGCUCACGAUGAAGUGAUUGUGAGGGUUACUUCGCCAUUAGACGCGCAUCCUGUUAACAAAGUGGUUCAAACGUUCGAGCAAGCUAAGAUUAAAGUGAUGGAAUCGAAAAUGACCACGAUAAACGACAUGGUGUUCCACACGUUUGUUGUUAAGUCUCAUGGACCCGAGCAGUUAACGAAGGAGAAGUUGAUCUCUGCGUUUUCACGAGAAACAAACUCGUCGUAACAUCCAUCGAUAUCGAAUCAAGGAAAAGAAACCUGGGUUUUUUUAAUUAAAGUCUUAACGUUUUUGGAUAUUGUAGAACAGAAGAACAACGUAGAAACGAGGUUAAUUUCGUUGUUUUUAAGGUUUUAUAUACAGUUUUAUGUGAAGAUUUUAGAUAUGUAUGUUAAUUUGUUAUAAAAUAUGGUCGUUAAUUGAUA